AUGGUGUCGCAACACAGCGACGGGCCGACCUCAUUGACGCUGCGGGGGCCGUCGUCGGUCGUCGGGACCAGCUCCAGCGGCCGGGCGCCAGGCUUACACAGCUCAUCGCGCUCCCGCCGCUACAACCGCUCCCACGCCGGCGGCAGCUCCUUCACGCCGCAGAAUGAGUUCCCCAUCUUCAGCCACAGCGGCGACGUCGAGAUCGUUGUGCGCGUCGCAUCCGGUCACGAGAACCGCUACCUCCUGCACCGGCACAUCCUUACCCGCUGCUCCGGCUUCUUCGAGGCUAGCACAAGCAACGAAUGGUCGCGUGCGCAAGCAGUUCCUGAGUUACCGGCGCCGGGAACAGCCGGAGCGAUUGAAGGAGGGGCGAGCGCCGCUGGUGGGGAGUUGGCACGGGUAGGCGAUCGGGCCCGGGAUAGCGAAGGGCCCGGCAAAACCGCGCAAACGAGGAAGAGGUGGAGGUACGAGCUGGAUUACGGGUCAGGGGACAACGACAUACCGAUGCUGGUACAGAAGGAGGAGAGCACCAAGCCGUCGCCAGUCAACAACUCGAUAUUUGGUGGCCCUCCACCCAGUCACUCUUCAAGCCGGCACUCCCAUCACAAGUCAGGGUCGCACUCCUUCUUCCGAUCUGUUGCCAACCUCACCCUGUCUGCGACGCACACACCAUCCCUUCCACCGCCAACGCCUGAAGAGCAGGAUUUAUUACGAGAUUAUGACAACCUUUUCCGCAUCAUGUACAACUAUCCCCCAUUACUGGACGGCAUCAACAUCGCAGAUGCCUACGUACAGUGCAAGUCACUGCUCAACCUCGCAGACCAGUACGACGCUCUCGCUGUAGUCGGACCGCGCGUCGACCACCACCUACUCCAAUUCCAGUCUCGGCUAUGGAAGCAAAUUGCCAAGUACCCUAUCAGUUACCUCCGCCUAGGCUACCUCGCUCGGUCCAAGGUGAUCUUCCAAGAAGCACUGAUCCACGUCGUGGGACAGUGGCCAGCUGGCGAGCGCUCCAUCCGCGCCGCACUCCCGGAAACGGUGGUCGACAUCAUCGAGGACAAAGUCGACGAGCUCGAGGAAACCGUCAGCCGCAUCGAAGCCCGCCUCUUCCGCCUCACUCUCACCACCCGCACGGGCGAGCGCGUGACGCCCGCCAACGGAUACCUCGAGUGGCUCGCCAUCAGUCUCUUCCGGCAAUGGCUGGCAGAGAAUACCACGCCGCCGAUGCCGCCUGCUCCGGAGCGCAGUAGCGGCGGUAGCCACUCCCGCAAUGCGGCCGCUUCCCGGGGGAGGGCUGGGAGUCACAGCAGCGGCAGCGGCGGGAGCGCGACUGGUGGCAUGAACAGUCGGUCGAGUACGCACGGCAACUACAACUUACAACUAGCCGCGCCCGCUCCAAUACCACCGCUUUCAUCGCUGGGGAGGACGUACAGGUUGCUCGGUGCGGGUCCCGGUAAUAGUGCAGACAAAGGGUACCUCGGGCACGACGAGUGUAAGCGCUUCCUAAAACUCACGCCGGAGCUGUAUACGCGGGAUAAUCUGCGGAAGUUUGAGAAGAGGAUCGAUGAGCUGAAGGCCAUGGCACGCGAGGUCGUGCGUCCGCUGAUGGGGAGUAGCCUCGAGCUGGAAUUGGUCUAUGGUGCUGGGGCGGGAGGGAUUGGGUAUCUGACGUGUACCACGGUGAGGGAUCGGGAUCUGCCGUGGGCAUAUGAUUAA